AUGACGGGGCAUGGAAUUGAACUUCGCACUCUUAGGGACUGUCUCCAGUUCCUGGAGUGGUUCAAAGGAGACACAGAUAUGCAAGGUAAGGUGGCUGAAGAACUGGCUAAACGUUGUGAUACGUCUUACAAUCAUAUUUCGUAUACAGGAAGAUUGCCUGAUUACUUUAUUGAAUUCCUUAAAAAUGUAUCCAGUUUCUAUCAUAAAUUGGUCAAUAUACCGACUGCAGGCAAUUAUGGCCAUAAGAACGGAAAACAAACCCUCGACGCCCUCCUUGAGUGCCUACCGAAAUUCCUCGCCGCCUUGUAUUACAUCUGGUACAACGUGGAUUAUAAACUCGAUGCAGUGGGUGGAGGUAAGUGGAGGGAUUUGUAUGUUGGAUGGGAGAACACUUGGUGGGGGUGGGGGAAUGAUUAUGGCGGUGGCCUGCAAACGUAUCUCCGAUUGGCCGGAUCUUUACAGCUCGAACUGAUACCUGGAGGAUUCGGUCCCGACGAGGUGACAUAUGGUUACCACGAUCGUACUGGCAAGGCCUAUACAUAUGGUAGUAACAUGGUUAAUGACCUUAAGAAUAUUUUGAACAAACAAACCCAUAAUGAAUUUCGCGACAUAUCUGUCACUUCAGUGUACUCGGACGCUGGUAUCCACAUGGUGAACACUGCGAACGUUCUUGCAAUGGUGAAGUUGUUUUGCGAGACUGUGAGGACAGACCGAGACGGUACGAAAUUAAAAGGAGCUGUAGAAGAGGGUAUAAGAACACAGAAUAAAUGCGUUGAUUGGCCUCAGCUAUCAGAGCACUGUAAAGAUCUUGAACAACAAUUAAAGAAAUUUUUCAACGAUAAAGCCUUUUCACACACCGGCCAGGUGCCCAAGGGAAAUAGCCUUAACACUGAGAAAUUCAUGGGGGAAACGGCAACCUGGUUUAGAAAGCAUUUGCCCGCAAUCCACAGUAAUGUUAAGAAGAUUAGUAUACACUACCCUGCAGAUGCCAGUAUACGAUUAUCGAAACUUCAGCCAUUCGUCACCGAGAACCUGUUUCCAUACGGUUUCAUAUUUGGUGAGAACAGCUAUGGAACGAUGGGUAACGCCUGGAACACAUUGCCACCCAAGUGGAAACGUGUAAUUGGUGUGCUGAAGAGCAACAAUGACGGUUUGGCGAAGCUUAAGAAAAUUCUUGACGGUGCAGGCUGUAAGCUCCCCAAACCCGUGGCCGCGCCUGCGCCCAGAUCCCCCAAACCUGCGCCGGCACCACGGCCUUCAGGUGCAAACGCAGCGGUCGCUCAAGGUACCGGAGGGCAUCACAAUACGGUGCAUCAUAUAGUCCUGCGUGGUAGAGGAGCAUCAGGAGAUGGAGGGGAUCCUCAAGGUCAAAAUAAUCAGGUACAAGGUGCUCAACAGCCUGGUCCACCCGCAGUUGAGGGCCCGGCAGGGCCUUCUGGUCAACCGGCUUCGCUUGCCACCAAAACCGAGGCGACUAAAACUGAGGCCGCCAAGCCUCAUGUUCAAAAUACUGGAGGAACUCCAAAUCAAAACAAUGAUCAGAGUGAAUAUAAGCUUCCAGGUCCGCAAGUUGUAACAUCUUCUCCAGAUACCACUCCCGGUGCUACAGGAGUUAAAGGACCAGUAAGCAGUAAUGGUGAUCGAGGCCAGCAGGUACCUCAAAGUCCAUUGGCUUCGAAACCUUCUCAAGUCCUCGUUUCACAGCCAACAAACAAUAUCCAAAGCCCACCGUCUCCCCCUAGUGCUCCAGAACGUGGCGCCGCUGGUCCGGCAGGUGGGAAGCCUCAGGGUUCCAAUGGCGGUGAUGCUUCGGGUGACCAACCUCUUGCCCCUCCAACUGCGGCUUCCAGUCAGCCUCCAAGUGUUCCACCCCCAGUUCCACUGCAAUCUGGUGCCCCUGGUUCCGGUAGUGGUAGGGGCAAGGGUAUCCAGGCAGCUACUUCUGACCCCGCUCAAGGAAGUGGUCGAGGACCUCAGUCAGGUGCGAGUGACAGUAACACGGUAUCUGGGCCGAGUUCCGGUUCAGGUGGUGGUGGAGCUGGAGUAGGGAGUGGUGGACCAAAGAAAGAGCCUGGGAUUCCUAAAAAGGAUCUAGAUGCAGAGCGUAAAAAGCGUUGGAAUGCUUAUGGGCUAGAACAACAAGCAAAACGGACAAUCGAUGAGGAAAAAAUGAAAAGCCUAAUACAAUCAGUGAAUUCAAAUCUACAUACAAUAAGGCAACGUGUACAGGAGGAAGCAUUACGGAAAGCAGUUCAAGAAAAUAUCCUUCAAAAAACAAGAAUUGGACAAAACGCUUAUCCUAAUAAGGUGAAUGCCAGCACGUGUUCUAAUGACCCGUCUAUGCACAUUGGCAGGUCAAUCUGUCAUACAAAUUCUACGAUGCCAAUGCCAACCACAACAUCCAGCCACUACUUGACGCCUGAUGUUUUGGACAAAAUUAAAAUAGCGGAAGAACAAGAACGUGCGAAACAGGAUGAACAACGCAAACGUCAGGAGACCAAUGACCGACAUCUUCGAGCAUUGCACCAGGGAAUUGAAAUUGAAACUGAAAUUCUAAAGCAACACGCCGAACAGCCUACGUACCCCCAUGCUGAUCGACUGAUUUCUGAGAUGAAUGAAAGGAACACAAAACGCGAUGCACUCGGUACAGUUGUACCAAUUCAUCCGGGUAUGGAGGCAGUGAAACUUGAUGGAAAGGCAACGCCUAGCUCCAAAGGAAUUCCUAGAUCUACGUUUCCUCCCAUAUCUAGCAAUAUUGACGUCCCGAUGGGCUACUCCCUGAAACAUAAGGCGCCUCAGUGGCACGAUCCUCCGCCGCCAAGCAAACCUGUACUUCAGAUGUUCCGUGCAAUUCCUCAGGGUAUUGUGUUAAAUGAUAAUCAUCAGCAUCGUAAAAGCGCGUCUGGAUCACGCACAACUGUAGAAGCUCCGUUACUGUCUCAAGCACUCGAAAUUGAUCCUUCCCAAAUAGUUUUGAAUGUCAGUGGUGAAGCACUGAAAAACAGCACCAAUGAUGACACCGACUUGUUCCCGGCACCAUUGACACUGGAUGCAACCCCGGUGCCUGAUCAUAUGCAAUAUAAGCGUUCCGUUGACAUAUACGAGCCCGCUGUUGUUAAACAUGAUGUGCCACUAACGGACAUCCUACCAAAAAAGCGCCCGCCGCCCGUGCCGGCGGUACCGAAAAACCCUUUUCAUACGCGCACGCCGUUUUACUCAGAGCUCCACAAACCUCCUGACUCAAUCACUCUAUUUCCCGGCGACCCUCCGUCGGUCACACAGGACGGCACGUCUUGUACACCACCUUGGAUGUUAUCGCAAAUGGGUGUUUCAAAACCCGGGCGCGCUGAUGAGAUGCCACACAUGCCAAAUGAUUCACAUUCACGUUUUCUGUAUACUGACGUUCUGCCCAGAACAGUGCGUGAGAUGCUAUACUGGCUGGCAGGGCUCCGGCACUCCGCAGUCUACGACACAUUGGAAAAAUAUAUUUCAGAUCUGGUAGGGAAUUAUGCCAAACAAACAGAAUCAUUGUCCAGUACUAUUGAGACUGUGGAGUUGGCUGCGGUUCCAAAAUGCAUAGUUGGUAAUGAAGUUACUCAGGCCCUGAGGCUCAGCUGCCAGUACAGUAUUAUUGUGCUUAUGGGCAUUCAAGGUUUACAUGACCCGCAUAUUGCGUACAAAAAUGACAACUACAGUAAAGCGCCUCAAUAUGAAUAUUCCCCCGACCCCGCCUGUCUCCUCUGCCAGCUGCGUGACUACGUGUACGCCUGCCACCACCAGUUGCAGUUCCUCAAGUCGCAAUGUAAGCGACAUCAGUCUCAUGGUGGGUGGCGAGAUUGUAAGUAUGGGAGUGUCAUAACUUCUCCCAACUCCCCCCUACAGUCGUUCCUGACCGACGGCUGGGACUCCGACUUCGAGACUCACCUCUUCGACCCGUGCAACCCGUGCCUCAAGAGCAGAGUCAGGAUGGGAUUUAAGAACGUGGAUUUGCCAAAGACGUCGCAACUGGGGAGUGUCAUUUCCACCAUCCUCUCUCCCAGCUGCGGCGGCGAUGACCCCCUGCUGACCCUGUCCUCCUACCUCAACUGCCUCACCAGGCGGACGCCGAGGACAACAGGGGAACUUGUGUCGUACUUCCAUUAUUUCGGUAUGGAGUUGCACAAUUAUGCGUCAAAGUCAUUGUCUCUACUGGGCUCAUCCCUCUCCACUUCACAUGCCGACUGCCCCGACUGGGACCGUCUUGGUGCCUCCGACCUCCAAGCUGUCAGUGGCAUCCGAGGCUCCGAGGCUCUCAACAUUAUCUCCAUUAACAACCACGACAACGAGCAUCCCCGUACCCUGUCAACACUGGUUGGCUGCGGCAGUGACUCUGCCACCUGUCAUCCGCAUUGCUCGCCCACCACCUACCGGGCGUACGCCCUGUACUCCCAAAGCUUCGCCCACACCUACCUCAGCUGGGCGGUGUACCUGCCGGACAGGCUGUGGGAGUCACUGGAAAAAUUGCACUAUGAUUUGCAAAAACAUCGUGGCAGCAGCAAGUGUUCAUCCCUCCACUCAUGCCCCUAUGCGCUGCCCCUCCUCUACUCUCACGGGUUCACGCCGCCGGAGGGCAUAUUGCAGUCACCACUCAAAUGUGCAGACGUCAUUUCCAAGCUGAAGGGAAUUGUGAACGGUGGGCCUAUCGCAUCACUCAUGACCGCCAUGGACGAGUUUCUCUACAACAUCCGGGAGCCAUUCAUCUUCACUCUCGUCGCACUCUGGUCUCUCGCAUCCCUAAUCCUCGCCAACACUAUGCUGUACCGCCUGGACGUGCUGCGCACACGAUCACACCUUAUCCGCACCAAGGCUUCACACCGCAUCGACGUCAAGGCCUUACUCACGAAAGGCCGGAAGAUGCUCUCACUUUACAAAGACGUCGACUACUUCGACGAAGACACACUUAGUCAACUUGUAGUUCAAUAG